UAUUAUCUAGUUAUUAUCAUAAUUCAUAAGCGACAAGACCAAGGUAAUAAACUUGUUCAUGUCUCUCGGUUUUCUCAACAAUAUUGAUCUUAAAAAUCGAUCUAUAUGUCAUAAAAAAGAUUGCUUUCUGGAAUAAUGGAGAAUAAUGGAGAAAAGGGUAUUAACAUGUCCCUCAUGGAUUUGCCUGAGGCCACUUUGGAUUGCAUUCUAAAAUGGCUGUCACCAAUUGAACUCUGUGUUAUGUCAAUGGUGUGUGCUUCUUUGAGGGAUAGGUGUGGAAGCAACCAUUUAUGGGAAAAACACAUGGAAUUCAAGUGGGGUAGAGUCAUUGGAGAAGUUGCUUACAAAGAGUGGCAAUGUCACAUUAGAAAAGCAAAGGAAGGAACACUCUUGGGUGAUUAUUUCACCAAUCUUAAUGGAUCUUUGGGAUCACUUAGUGGCACUUGGCCUGAUUUGUACCUUGGUUCUUACUUAGAAGAUUGUGGCAAUCUCAAUGGUCAAUUUUCAAACAAGUUCAUGAAGGCCUUGUAUUUCUCUUUAGAGACCGGAAGGUUCUGGUUCCCUGCUCAAUUCUACAAGGGAUUGACAAUUUACAAUGCCUUGUUUAGCUAUGAUUCCAAAUCUGAUAUCUUUCAAGCAAGGCAACAUAAUGGUGGUUGGAGGUUUCUAGGAAAAAAUAUUGGGUGGGAUAUGGUGAGAAUUCCUCCGAUUGAAACUCCUCCCUAUACUCUUCAUAUCACUGACUGUUUUUACGACUUAAAACCGGGUGAUCACGUUGAGAUUCAACGAAGAGGAAUUACAGAAACUCAUUAUGGUAUGUGAUGUAGAUAUUUU